GAGAUAGCUGAGUGAAAGAGAAAAAAAGAGAAGCGAAACCCUAACCCUAACGGAGAGAUGGCGGAGCACUUGGCAUCGAUAUUCGGGACGGAGAAGGACAGGGUUAACUGUCCCUUCUACUUCAAGAUCGGCGCUUGCAGGCAUGGCGACCGGUGUUCACGGCUCCACACAAAGCCCACAAUCAGCCCAACGUUGGUUCUGUCGAACAUGUACCAGAGGCCCGACAUGAACAUGAACAUCAUCACCAACCCCAAUCAGCCCCAACCUCAAUCUCUCGACCCCGACAAGGUCCAGGAUCACUUCGACGACUUUUACGAAGAUCUAUUCGAGGAGCUCAGCAAGUACGGCCCUAUUCAGAGCUUGAAUAUCUGCGAUAAUCUCGCCGAUCACAUGGUUGGGAAUGUGUACGUUCAAUUCCGGGAAGAAGAUCAUGCUGCCAACGCCCUCAUGAAUCUUACCGGGAGAUUUUAUUCAGGUCGCCCAAUCAUUGUUGAUUUUUCCCCUGUAACGGAUUUUCGAGAAGCUACUUGUAGGCAGUAUGAGGAGAAUGUAUGCAAUCGGGGUGGCUACUGCAACUUCAUGCACCUGAAGAAGAUUAGCAGGGAUUUGAGAAGGAAAUUAUUUGGAAGGAAUAGGCGAUGGAAUGGCCGCAGUGGUAGCCGGAGCAGGAGCCCUCCAAGGAACCGUAACCAUGGGGAACAUUCACAUUCGGCCCGUAAUCCUAGUAGAAGAGAUUUUGAAAGGCCGCAUGGCCACCAUGGUAAGAGGCCUAGAAGCCGUAGUCCUCGGCAUAGAGUGGGAAAACGAAGUAGAAGUCCAGUGGGGAGGGAGGUCAGAGAAAGUAGUGCAGAAAGGAGAGCUAAGAUAGAGCAAUGGAACAGGGAGAAGGAGCAAGAGGAAACGGGUAACAAGAACAAUACGAAAAGCAAUGAUUAUCAAGAACGGAGUGAUGCACAGAAUGGCAGUGAAUCUGGUAACCAUCAGAUAUAGCAGCAACAACGUAGUUAUUUGGCUCAAGAUUUGGUAGUGUGGCAGGUAAUCUGUUUUGUGAUGUUUGCACCUACUUAGUGGAUUUAGUUGCCAUUGUUAUUCUAUUUGAAACUGUCAAUUUAGUGAUAUAACUUUGUAAUAUCCAUAGUAACAACAGUUCAAUUUUCUGCUUCAAUUGUAAUGUUCUGCAAAUGGAAGGGAGGAAGAAAUAUGGGAAAAGCGGCGAGUUUAACUUGUUGCAGGGAUGAAGCGAUACAUUUGAUAAAGUUCAGCUAUGAAUGUUUCAUAUUCUGUUA